CAGGCCCAGAGGUAUAAGAGAGCCGGGAGCAGCUAUGGAGUAAAUAAUCGACAGGGCAGCUCAAGUAUCAUCACAGAAUCAUGCUGUGGACAAUAUUUCUACUCUUUGGCGGACUACUACUACUUCUCUUUGUUACUUCCCGCAAAAGGCAGAAAAAUGAGCCUCCUCUCGAUAAGGGUUUCCUUCCAUGGUUGGGGCAUGCCCUCGAGUUUGGAAAAGAUGCUCCAAAGUUUCUGACCCGGAUGAAAGAAAAGCACGGAGAUAUCUUCACUGUCCGGGUUGCUGGUCUCUAUGUCACAAUGCUGUUGGAUCCGCACUCCUUUGACAGCGUGCUGCACGACACAGUCUCCUUGGACUUCUCCCGCAUCAGGGGCCAGCUCAUAAAAAAGGUCUUCAGUCUGCAGCUGCCAAGCGUGAAGCCCACGUCAGAGAGGGACUGGAUGGAAAAGCAUUUUCAGGAUCAACGCAGCCUCUGCAAGCUCAGCAGCUCUAUGAACACUCACCUGCAGAGUCUGCUCCUGAAUAACCACACAGGCGGCAACUCUUUAGAGUGGAAACAGGACGGACUGUUCAGCCUCUGUUACAGUCUUCUUUUCAGAGCUGGAUACCUUACGCUGUUUGAAAGGGGAGACAAUGCUGCCGCAGUCUACAAAGAGUUCCGCACGUUUGAUGAUCUUCUCACCAAACUGGCUCGCUCCACGCUCAAGCGGGAGGAAAGCAAAACUGCCAGGUCGUCACAGGAGCGACUGUGGGAGCUGCUGUCCCCACGCUGGCUGAACAGCGAGUCAGGCGAGUCGAGCUCCUGGCAGCAGAGCUACUACAACUUCCUGCGGGAAGAGGGAGUAGAUGCAGAAAUGCAGAAAAAAGCUCUGCUCUUACAGCUAUGGACCACACAGUGUAAUGCAGGACCUGCUGCCUUUUGGCUCCUUGGCUUUCUGCUCACCCACCCUGAGGCCAUGGAGGCUGUUAAGUCAGAGAUUAGAGGCCUUUCCACUCUCCGGGAUACUUCCCUUCAGCGUCCCCCCAUCAACCUGCUGGGAGCGCACAACACACCUGUGCUUGAUAGCGUUCUGAGUGAGACCCUACGGCUCACUGCCGCAGUAAUGAUCAGGCGAGAAGUGGUGCAGGACAAGAUCUUGCGCAUGGCCAACGGACAGGAGUACCACCUGAGACGAGGGGACAGAGUGUUGUUGUUCCCCCUCCUCAGCCCUCAGAUGGACCCACAGAUACACCAAGAUCCACAGAAUUUCAAGUACGAUCGCUUCCUUAAUGAAGACAUGACGGUGAAGGAUACGUUCUACAAGGAUGGGAAAAGGGUCAAGUACUACACCAUGCCUUGGGGCGCAGGGAGAAGCAGCUGCGUUGGGAAAGAGUUUGCUGUGACGGCCAUUAAACAAUUUGUGCUCCUGCUCUUGACCCAUCUUGAUCUGGAGAUGUGCAACCCCAAGGACGGACUGCCACCAUUUAAUCCCAGUCGCUACGGCUUUGGGAUGCUCCAGCCGGACGGAGAUCUGCAGAUUCGAUACAGACUGAAGAGGACGUGAAAUGUGAUCAAAGCGAUGAUGAGCCUUUAUCGAUUGAGAAACCAUUUUUUUCUUGAAUGCACUGUAGCGUUAUUUAUUCAGUUAUAUUUAAUCAGUCCACCUAUGAAUCAUAUUUAAGCUUGUGUGUGUGUGUGUGUGUGUGUGUGUGAAAGAAGUUUUUAUUUAAUAAACGAAAAUUAAGAAAACAAACUAAUUUGUCACCUCCAUACAGUGAAGAGGGAGACACCUUGUGUCCAGCA